AUGGCGCCCAAGCGCAGCGGCAGCAAUGGCAGGAAGAAGACCGUCCUCCUCCCGAUCGUCAAGAAGGACUCCCGCCAUGUGUGCUUCUCAAAGCGCAAGCAGGGGCUCUUCAGCAAGGCCAGCACCUUGGCCGUGCUCACCGGUGCGCAGGUGGCCGCCGUCGUCUUCUCACCCGGCGGCAAGGCGUUCUCCUUCGGCCACCCCUCCGUCGACCCCAUCCUCAACCGCUUCAUGGCGGGCGAAGGCGCGGAGGACCAGGCCCCCGCAGACGACAACAGGUUGCAGACGCUGCACCGGCAGCACAGCGAGAUGCGCACCGAGCUUGCGGCGCAGAAGAAGGGGAAGAAGCGCGCGGACGAGGCCCUGGCCCAGGAGCGCGCCGCGGGGGACAAGACUGCGGCGUGGGUACGCGCCGACGUGAGCGACAUGGGGUAUGAGGACAUGGCGGCCUUCGCCGCCGCGCUUAUGCAGGUGCAGGCCGCUGUCUCCGGACGCGCCAACCAGGUGCUCUUGGAUGCCUUUCACUUCGACAUAAGCCGUAAGCUCCAGGUGCCCCCGCCGCUCGGUGCCAGCAGAAGCAGCAGCGCAAACGCCGGGAUUGAGAUGCAGCAGGUGCAGAUGGAGAUGCAUCCACCGCAGGGGUUUGCUGCCGGCAUGGAGAUGCAGAUGGUGAUGCCGCCGCCACAGGGGUUCUCCGGGGGAUUGGACAGGGAGAUGCACCAGCAGCCAGGAUUCACCGGGGGGAUGGAGAUGGAGAUGCUGAUGACAAUGGUGCCGGCGAUGCCGGAGUUCUCCGCAGGGAUGGACUUGGCGCAGCAGGGGCUCGGGCCGAACACCGGCUGCCCCUACUGA